UAUGACCAUUGGAGUCUGGACACGACUGUGUAACCCACUGACUCGUUGUUCAUCUCGAUCUUACGAAACGCGGCCAAAGAUGUUUCCGACUGGAGGUGCGAAUACAUAAUGGGCUAGGGCCCAAGGGCUUCCUCGAUCCUCGAGGUGGUAUGCUCGGCCCUGAACAAGUUUGCCAGGCAUCCAGAACCGAAGACCACAGGAUGGAACAACCAGAAGAUAACCGCCCUGAGGGAUCAGCUAGAGAGUCGGUUGGAGGAGGCGUACCUGGAAUACAACGAGACGCGGAUGGCUUCACAAGAUAUCUCCGCACUGACACAUCGGAGGUGGAUGUGUCUGAGAUCAGGAAUCAGGCAAACGCGUCCGGGGCUUGUUGGCCAGGCAGAUCGAUGAGCCCCAUGGAUCGGUCUAGAGAAGGGUCCCCUCAACGUCAAUCUUCGGUCCAUGGAGAAGCUGAUUCCAAUCCUCGCUCAGCCCAAAGCGACUCGGCCGACCACACGAAUGGGUACCAUUCACCAGAUGAUCAUGAUCGGGCUCAGACUGGAGCAUGGUCCGAGGACAACAAUGAGAAUGAGAAUAGAGAAAGCUUAGAGAGAAAUUCUACAAACGAGUCAAAUACAAGUGGUGGAGAAUGAGAGCUCAAAGGUCAACGCCAUGAGCACAUACAAUUAGGCCGUUGCGGAGCGAAUGCAAUCGUCCACGACGACGAGAAAGUGACUUCCCUUGGAAGGUCCUCUCUAAUCAUUCUAAGAGCCACGACAUGAGUUCUGCCAAUAUUGGACGAUAUCGACU